CAUAUAUAUAUAUAUACGUAAGAGAGUGGAAGGAGCGGAGGGAGAGGGAGAGAGACAGCUCUGCCAUCCUUUUGGACUUCACGCGCUGCCCAAUGUUGGUCUGGUUACCCCUGGAUAUGUUGCUGGUUUCCAUUUGGGAUUUGACAAAGGGAAGACGGAGGAUAUAAGCCCUGGGGAGGUCUGCAAGGUGUUGUUUAUGGCCACAGGAGGGAGCUCAAAUCCAAACAUGGGAGGAUUGGCUUGAUUUCAGAUCCAGAGCCUCUUAAACUCUCACUUUUCCGCUAAGCUGAUCCCUGUUAUGUCCAGGAUCUGGCACCUGCUUGACAUUUACUUUGAGUUCCAGAGGACCAGAGACCUAGGAUGAGGAGCAUUGGAUCUGCCCUGAACCUGCUUUUGGUAUCGCCACUCUACUUUGUGUGGACCGUGGUCGCUCUGGACCUGGCACAAGCUCCCUGCACCACUUUGGUCCAGGGGAAAUUCUUUGGGUAUUUCUCCUCCUUCGCUGUCUUCCCAUUGAACUCCUCUCUCUGCUCUUGGAUUAUCCAGAACCCUGACCCUCGGAGGUACACCUUGUACAUGAAGAUCCUGAAACCUACCAGCGUAUGUGACCACCAGCACAUCCGCACCUACCAGUUCGACUCCUUCCUGGAGUCCACCCGCACCUACCUGGGCAUGGAGAGCUUUGACGACGUGUUGAAGCUCUGUGACGGGUCCACCCGGUAUGCCUUCCUCCAGUCCAACAAGCAGUUCCUCCAGAUGAAACAGACCACGCUGCCAGGGGUGGAGAGCGGGCCUGUGCGAUGGAAGCCCACGAAGGCUCAGGAGAGGGACUUCUCAGUGGAGUACCUCGUGGUGGGCAACAGGAACCCUAGCAAAGCCGCUUGCCAGAUGCUCUGCAAGUGGCUGGAAGCGUGCCUGGCCAUCAGCAGCAGCUCCCACCCAUGUGGCAUUAUGCAGACUCCAUGUUCUUGCUCAGGAGGUGAGGUCCUAGAUCAGGCCAGUGAGAUCCUGGGGCUCACGAAGAAGAAGGAAGAUUGCUAUAAGGAUGGGAUUUACCUGGAGAACUGCAUGAGCAGCCCAAAGGACAGCAGUGGAGCGGAGUCCCUGGGUGGCUGGAAACCUUGGUCGGCUUGGGGCGACUGCACCAAGGAUUGCGGGGGAGGCCUGCAGACCCGCAUGCGCACCUGCAAGCCCCUUCCCAAAGAAGGCCUUGCCUGCGAGGGAGUCCUGGAGGAAGGAAGACUGUGCAAUAGGAAAGCGUGCAAUACCAAUGGACGCUAUAAUUCCAGAAGCCAAUCGCUGAGGUCCACAGAUAACAGAAAGCGAGAGGACACUGACGAACUGCAGCACUACGGGUACCCUGCACCUCAAAUAGGUGAUCCUGCUGCAGAGGAGUGGUCUCCAUGGAGCGUGUGUUCGACUACCUGUGGGGAGGGCUGGCAGACCAGGACGAGGUUCUGCGUGUCGUCUUCCUACAGCACUCAGUGCAGCGGCCCUCUCCGGGAGCAGAGACAGUGCAACAACUCUGCCGUGUGCCCAGUGCACGGCACCUGGGACGAGUGGUCUCCAUGGAGCCUGUGCUCUUCCACGUGCGGGCGAGGAUACAGGGAUCGGACCCGCACAUGCAAGCCUCCUCAGUUUGGUGGGAACCCCUGCGAGGGCCCAGAAAAACAAACCAAGUUCUGCAACAUUGCACUUUGCCCAGUGGACGGCAACUGGAAUGAGUGGUCGAGCUGGAGCUCGUGCUCCGCCUCCUGCUCCAACGGCACCCAGCAGCGGACAAGGGAGUGCAACGGACCCUCCUACGGUGGAGCAGAGUGCCAGGGACACUGGGUGGAGACCAGGGACUGUUUCCUACGGCAAUGCCCAGUGGAUGGGAAAUGGCAGGCCUGGGGAGUGUGGGGAAGCUGCACCACCACAUGUGGAGGUGGGACUCAGAGACGUGAUCGUGUAUGCUACGGGCCUUUCUUUGGUGGAGUGACCUGCCAGGGGCCCAAGGAAGAGUAUAAACAGUGCAAUGACAAGAGGUGUCCUGAGCCCCAUGAAAUCUGUGAUGAGGAAAACCUUGCCUCUGUGGUGUGGAAAGAAACUCCCGCUGGGGAGGCUGCGGCUGUCCGGUGUCCUCGCAAUGCCACGGGGCUGAUCAUUCGGAGAUGCACUUUAGAUGAAGAAGGGAUAGCUUACUGGGAAUCUCCAACAUACAUCAAGUGUGUUUCUAUUGAUUAUAGGAACAUACAGAUGAUGACCAGGGAACAUCUUUCCAAAGCUCAGCGUGGGUUGAUGGGAGAUGGGCUGUCAGAAGUGCUCCAAAAUCUUGUGGAAAUCUCCCAGGAUGGGACCAGCUACAGUGGAGACUUGCUGUCCACCAUCGACAUACUCAGGAAUAUGACAGAGAUCUUCCGUAGGGCUUAUUACAGCCCGACUUCUGGGGAUGUGCAGAACUUUGUCCAGAUCAUCAGCAACCUGUUAUCAGAGGAAAACCGGGACAAAUGGGAGGAAGCGCAGCUGACGGGGCCAAAUGCCAAGGAGUUGUUCAGGCUCGUGGAGGAUUUCAUUGAUGUCAUUGGCUUUCGCAUGAAAGAUUUCCGGGAUUCCUACCAAGUGACGGACAAUCUGGUCCUCAGCAUUCACAAACUGCCUGCUCAUGCAGCGACUGACAUCACCUUCCCCAUGAAAGGCUGGAGGGGCAUGGUGGACUGGGCCAAGAACUCGGAGGACAAGGUCACGGUAUCCAAGAGCAUCCUCUCUUCGGGGCUUACAGCGACAGACGAUUCCUCCGUCUUUGUGGUGGGGACUGUACUGUACCGCAACGUGGGCAGCAUCCUCUCGCUCCAGAGGAACAGCACUGUUCUCAACUCCAAAGUCAUCUCCGUGACUGUGAAGCCAUUUCCCCGCUCUCUCCUUACCCCCUUGGAAAUCGAAUUCUCCCAUCUGUACAACGGCACCACCAACCAGACCUGCAUCCUGUGGGACGAAGCUGACAGGCUACCUGGCCAGGAGGACCUUCCCUGUGUCCUCAACUGUCCUCCUAGGGUUGUGGAUCUUAGGGAUGCAAACUAUAUCCGAGGCCAGGUCCUCCACCCUUGUGCCUAG